AUGGUGCUGCCCAGCCGAUGGGGGGCUUCGUGGCCCUUCCGAGGUAUCACUCUUUCGCCGGUAACUCAGGACUUCCGGGAUCUUGUGAGCGUGAGAAGCUUUCAGAUUCUUCAUGCAAGGGGGAAGGGCACAGGAACUCGUCGAGGGGCUCGUUCUUCAGAGUCCAGCGGCGCUUCGGUCGGCAGUGCAGUGGACCCCAAAAGACGGGAUAGUUGGACCUUUAAUUCGGCAAGACGCUCUGCUGGCGCUGACUACAAUGAGAGAGCUUCAGGAACUGGCAGGCAUGCCCAGGCGCACGCUCGAUUUCCCCGGCCUGACCUCGAUGAAGCAGCGCUUAAAGCGGAACAGCAGAAGGCACAGGCGGCAGCGAACUGGCAGGUUAUUACAACUCAGGAAAUUGGACCAGGGGGCCCCAUGUGCACGCGACGAAUAUGGCACUCAUCUUCGGUAGCUAACCUUGGGAUGCAGGAUCAUGAGUCUGCUGGUGAGCCAUAUGGUGCAGCGGCUUCCUGCACUUCUCCAGGGGAGCAGCUGGAGAGAAUAAGGGAGCAAAGAAAGGCAGAGGCUCCCCCGCCACUGUGCAUAUAUGAUACCCUAAUGGAAAACCAACCCGAGAGUCAGCGUGGCAACAGCGGAUGGGAAAGGAGAAGCAGCUCUCCAGCGGAUCCUGCGGCAAUCCCAGCUUUCUUUACGGAAGGCCCCACUGAUUGGAGGCUUGAAGUGAAUGAGGAUUUCGAUGCUGACUGGGCGUGGCUAUCAGGAGGACCCUGGGCAAGAGAUUCAGCGGGUCCUUUGGGAGGUCUAUCGGAGAGAAUGGAAGACACGCGCAUAAAGGUCUAUGUGCCCGGUGUAGACCUGCCUAAGCCGAUAGCCCUCCUCAACCGCCACCAGCUGCUUCAGACUCUACGAAAGCCUAUAGAGGCUCUUGGUCCUCCCGGGCAGGAAGAAAAUGGCCAGCAGGGCCCUCAGCAUGGCCGCCUAACCCCAGCUGCGCCCGAAACAGACAGUAGCAAGAUUCCCGGAGAAGCUACGGCGAUGCCUGCCCUUCCACCUGAGGCUUAUGAAGCCCUUGUAGAAAGAGCCAAGAGCAUCCUGCCCUCGUUGAGUCGGCCACAGCUGCUCGAGUUGCUUGAGCUGCUGCAGCAGCACGCUCAUACACUUCAGCAGCAGCGGCGCUCCCACUUGCUGGAGGCGCGCAAGUUUUGGCUUCAGGCUACGGCAGUUGCACCACUACAACAGCCGCAGCAACGUGAACUUGUUGUCGAAGGAGCAAAAAGAGCAGAAGCAGCAGCAGCUGCUGCAGCUAGAGGCAUAAAGUCGAUAUACCAGCAGCAGCUUUUCGACCUCAUAUUCGAUGCGAUGCUUCCCCAUUUGCCUCACAUGCCACUGAAGGAGCUUGGAGACCUUGCGCAAGCUUUCGCCUCCUGUGCCCCUACGAAGGGCUUGGGCAUGCUGCAGGUAAUCGCGUUGCAUGCAGUCGAUAGAGCCUGCUCAGCCCGUCUGGGAAUGCUGAGCGGAUCAAAAAGUCGAGCUUCUGGAAUAGAGGACGUCCAGGGCAGUGGCCAAGCACAAGGAAUGCUAGCAGUACUGCGGCCGCUAGCUUUAGGCGUCCAGAGGCAGUGCGCCGUGGCGGCCCCACAGCGGCACGACAAGACUCAAGGAUUUUUUGAAGAAGACCUGCCGGCAGCUUCAAGAACUGAAGGCACCCUGGCUGAGGCAGGAGACAGUCUUCCGGAGACUGGAGGGGGGCUUGGGUUUGCGAGCCGGCGGCUGCUGGAAGUCUUCCACGGCGACGUUGAAGCGCUUGCGCUGCAGCUGCAGCCACUUUCAAGAGGUCAUCUGUUGCAAUUGCUGGUUUGCUGUUUGUUCGUUGGCUCUGGAUCGUCAGCGGCACCGCUGGCAGUAGCCAGCCAGUGCAUGGAAUUGCUGUUAAGAGGCCCCUCAGGAGGUCCUGCGGCAGCAGGGAUCCUACAUCGCCAAAGUAGCCCCUGUAACCUCCAAGAAGCUCUUUGGAUGCUCAUCAGCUGCGCUUACCGAGAAAGCCGGGAAAGCCUUCCUAAUUGGCUGCUCCCUGUUCUUAAGGGCAUGCUGAGGCCAUCAUCUACAGCUGAGCUGAGCUCAAGCUCGCAGCUUGGUAGCUUUACUUGUGCGGAUUUAGGCACUGGAGUGCCUUCAGAGGUUGUUCGUUGUUCUCAACCACUUACUCCCCCAGACAGCUCCUUUAAAACAAUCGUGGCCGAAGACCAGCUGCAGUGCCUCCUUGCGGUCAUGGAGGGAUAUCUGUCACCAGAAGGAGCGCCUGAAGCUCUCUUUGAAGCGUUGUCGCACACAAAGCAGGAGCCCCCCGCAGCGGCAGCAAGCGCCGCGGAGCAAAGCCUUCUCUCAGAAGGGACUCGUGUCGCAAGGAGAUUUGAGGAUUGGACUAUCCAACUGAAGCUUUGCGAUUGUCAGGGGGCCUCUACAGACUUACAGGCAGGCCAAUUUGGUUACUUAGAUGAAGGCGAAAACCCCAAGAGCCGAUUGCAUCCAGCAGAGAUAAGCGCAGCAGGAUUCUUUGCUGCAGUCGAGGCUCUUGCAUGGGCCGCCUGUCGCUUUCUCCGUCAACAGCCGCAACAGCAGCAAGAACAGCAAGGGCAAUGCAUGCACAAGAGGAUCGAGAGGAUCCAAGGACUACUUUUUGCACUUAAUGCACAGUUGGUGGACGCAGCAAGGCAACCGCUGAUUUCCGCUUCUGCCCUAGUUCAAGGGGUCCAUGCCCUGGCAGAUGCAGGUGAACACUUGGUGAAGAUAGCUGCAGGGGGCCCCAGUGCUCAACAGAUUCUGUCGCGUGAAAUAUCUGUUGGUCUGCUGGCGGCAGGGGGCCCUCUGUUUAUGGCGUCGAGUCGGUCGUUGCAGUGGGAAUAUCUCUCGAUUCGUUCUUUAGAAGCUCUUCUAGAGGCAUCUUGCUGCUGCAUUGUCCGUUUAGUCGGAGCGUUUGAAGCAUUCUCUCUGGCAGGUGACCUCGAGCAGCGGCAGCACGCCCACCAUUUAGAAGCAGCAGCUGCCACUGCACUUGUCACCGGUGCAGCAGAAUGCCUGCGAAAAACCCGCGAGAAGCUGAAAGCCCAGAACUCGUCUCAAACACAGGCGGAUUGCUACGGUGCCCUUUCCCUGAGAGCACAGGGGAAGUGGCUACGGGCCCUAGGGGCUCUACUGCGAAGAGCUCUCGAAGAACAAACAGAAGGGCAGCCGGGCUUUUCACGAGUUGGACUGAAUAUUUCUGAGGAAGCCGCAGAGGCAGCAAUGUGUUUGGCCGCGUCGUGGGACUCCCUUAAAGCAUCUAAAAAGAUGCUGAUUGCAGAAGCCCAAGGACCUGAGGACCUUGUAAAUGUGUUGCAUGGAUUUCUGUCGUGCGCGGAGCCGCUAAUCCACAAGAAAGUCGCAACUCCGAGGGCCGAUGCAGCAGCAGCAAAUAAAGUGGUAAUAGCACAAGGCCUCGAUCAUAUGUUAGACCAACUCUGUCGCUUGAGCUGGACGGAGUCGGACUUUGGAGUAGCAGAGCUGGCUCGGCAGCUGCUCCAGCUGCAGCACCAUGCGAAGUCGACGGCUCCUCAGGGGGUUUUACAUGAAAUCAUCAGAAGAGCGAACACAAAAAAACUGGGGCCUGCGCAGAAUCUAGGUACUGGCCGCUGA